CAUAUGCAAUUAUUAUAAAAGAUCUAUCAAAGCGUGCGAUAUGCAUCAAAGUCGUUCACAACGUCGGGCAAUUAACAUCGGCUCACAAAAGUUUUUACCACAAAAAAAAAAUUUUAAAUAUUCCAAAAUAUGGCCUAUAAAUUUGUUCUCAUCGCUUUGUUCGCCUGUGUCGCUGUAGCGAACGCUGGUCUACUGCCUGCCGCUGCCAUUGCUCCUGGCUUUGUCGCACCUUAUGCGUCAUCGUUCAAUGCUCAUCACAUUAAUCACGCCGUUGCGUUGCCAGUCGCUCCACCCGCAGUGCCAGUUGCUGCACCGGCACCCUUCGCCGUGGCUGCCCCACCAAGAGUAGCCUUUGCUGCCCCUGCUCCUGUUGCAGCGCCUUUUGCGUUCGCACCUAAGGUGGCUUUGGCCGCCCCCGCACCGGUUGCCUUCGCUGCCCCUGCUAGAUUAGCUGCCCCAAUCGCCGCACCUUUGGCUGCGCCUCUGCCAUUCGCACCGGCGCCACUCCAAUAUGCUCCAGCACCUCUGCGUUUCGCUGCGCCAGCACCCUUCCUGGGUUAAAACGAUGAAACCAC